GACUGAAGCUCAUAUCCCCCAGGGGCUGGAGCUCAUAUCCCCCAGGGGCUGGAGCUCAUAUCCCCCUGGGGCUGGAGCUCAUAUCCCCCAGGGUCUGGAGCUCAUAUCCCCCUGGGGGCUGGAGCGCUCAUCCCUCGGGGGCUGGAGCUGGAUUGUGAGGGAGAAUAAGGAAUGAGAAGCUGACAGAUGGGUGCGCAUGGCUCCAGAGGAGCAGGGCAGGAGGGGGCAGUGUGGUCCAGUCUCCUGCAUUCCUGGGCAGUGUUGGGCUGCUGGGGGGGGGGCUGGGGACCUCCCCUUCGGCUUAUAAGAGCAGCUGCGUGGAGCGGUGCUGUGGCUCUCUGACUGUGCGCCACGUUCCUGCGUCAUGCUCUCCUCCCAGCAGCCUUCUCUCUGCCCGCUGGCCAGACGCUGCCCGCUGAAGGUGUGUUGGUGGAGGAGUGUGUGUGUCCUGUAUCCGCUGCUGUGCCUGGUUGCUCUCCCCAGCAGACAAGAGGCUGUGAAGGCACGCUGUGGUCGUGAGCUCGUAGCUGAUCUGGAGUUUGUGUGUGGAGACAGAGGUUUCUACCGAGGGAAGGUGUCGGGGGGGAGGAACGGAGCUCGUCUGCGCGGGAGGGGCAUCGUGGAGCAGUGCUGCCUGCGGGGCUGUGACCUGCAGCACUUGGAGGCGUACUGCGCCAAACCGCUCCGGAGUCGAAGGCACGCGCCCAAUCACACGCCGCCGCCGCCCGCCACGGAGGUGCUUUUCCGUGCGGUGUUCCGGAAGAGAAUCUGGGCGCUGUACGGACCCGCGACGGCCCGGAUGGCGUCUCUGACGGGCGGCCUGGGGCCCGGGCUGCGGGCGGGGCCCGCACAGUGGACGCGCGGGGGCGCGGCCUCUGAGAGGACACAGCACAGAGACUGGAAGUCUCUCUCAGAACAGUAGCAGAGUCCAGGGGGGGAUCCACCACAAACUCUGACCCCUGCCGCUGCUGCCGCUCCAGCUGUUGCUGCUACACAUAUCUGCCAACGCUCAUACGAAAACGUCACAGUCUUAUUUACACAGUUACAGUCGCCUUAAACAUUCCACAGUAUCGAAACGGAUAGUUUUUCUCAUUUAUACCGUUCACUGAGUGAAAAAUGUGAAAAUGUGAGGCGGGAAAGCCUGUUGUGUGCGAGUAUUUAUUUUACCGUUUCUGCCUUUGAGGAAAAAUGUCUUAGCAUGAAUGUGGAGUGAGUAAAUUGCACUGCCAGGGAAGGGGGUUGCUGUACAAACUGUUUUCAGUCUGCCUCUUUGUGUCCUGUUUUUACAGGAGGAAUUAAGAAGCCGUUGCUUGCAGCCAUAUUUUUUGAAAACCAAAAAAAAAAGUUACACUAAAUAAUUACUUGAUUUGUUUUUGCGAUCAAAAAGCUUUUUGUGUUUUUCAUCCUGUUGUCAGAUGAGUGGAUUUUGUAAUUGAUUGAUUUGUAUGUUGUUGAAAGAAGCUUGUGCACUAUUGACUGUUUUUGUAAUUGAUUGAUUUGUAUGUUGUUGAGAGAAGAAUGUGCACUAUUGACCGUUUUUGAACGCUUGCUUUGUGAAAUAUCAUAAAGUGAUGCCAGCUGAAAA